AGCGUUCGGUUGGCUGACGAAACUCAUUAUUUUUCGAGUGUGUUGCAUUAGUUAAUAAGCGUUAAAGUGUUGCAUUAGUUAUUAAUUAAGUUCAAGUGCGAGUUGAAAACGAAUUAUUGCGAAUUAACAUUGGCGUUCAUAGAGGAAAGCUUGUGUAAUGUCGGCAACCAGACUUCUAAGUGCAAUCGGCCAGAUAUCGCGACAGCAAUUGCUGCAGAAUAAAUAUGCAAAAGCCUAUCCCGCUGCUUUGCAACUCCAACGCCGACUCAUGUCCACGAAUCCUGCGCCAGCGGCAGCCGCUGCCGGCGCCAACAAACAUUUGCACACCCGCGUCGAGAAAGGGGUGCUGAUCAUAAAAUUCGAUUCACCCAAUGUCAAGGUCAAUUCCUUGGGCCAAGAGGUGAGCGCGGAAUUCGAGCGCGUGAUCAAGGAUCUAGAAACAAAUCCUGCUGUCAACUCGGCUGUGCUCAUUUCCGGCAAGCCCGGCUGCUUUGUGGCCGGCGCCGACAUUGGAAUGCUGGAGGCCUGCCAAACCGCCGAGGAGGCCACGCUCAUCUCACACGGUGCCCAAUUGAUGUUCGAGCGCAUGGAGCGCAGUCGCAAGCCCAUUGUGGCGGCCAUCAAUGGCGUCUGUCUGGGCGGUGGCUUGGAAUUGGCGCUCGCCUGCCACUACCGCAUCGCCACCAAGGACAAUAAGACGAAAUUGGGUCUGCCUGAAGUGAUGUUGGGUCUGCUUCCCGGCGGUGGCGGCACCGUACGUCUGCCCAAGCUAACAUCUGUGCCCACAGCGCUGGAUCUGGAACUGACAGGCAAACAGGUGCGCGCCGAUCGUGCCAAGCGUUUGGGCAUUGUGGAUUUGCUGGUCGAUCCAUUGGGUCCAGGUCUGCAGCCGGCUGAACAGAACACUAUGGAAUAUUUGGAGCGCACGGCUGUACAAGUCGCCACAGACUUGGCCAACGGCAAACUUCGCGUCAAUCGCGAGAAAACUGGUUUGGUAAAUAAGCUACAGACCCUUGUCAUGGACACGGAGUUUGUGAAGAAUAAAAUCUUUGAUACGGCACGUAAACAAGUGCUAAGGGCCUCCGGCGGUCUCUACCCAGCACCAUUGAAGAUACUUGAGGUCAUACGUACGGGCGUGGAUAAAGGCACGGAAGCUGGCUAUGAGGCAGAGCGCAAGGGUUUCGGUGAGCUGUCGGCCACACCCGAAUCUAAGGGUCUGAUUGCACUCUUCCGGGGCCAGACCGAGUGCAAGAAGAAUCGUUUCGGCAAGCCACAGCGUCCAGUGAAAACUGUUGGUGUUCUGGGCGCAGGUCUAAUGGGUGCCGGCAUUGUUCAGGUCACGGUGGAUAAGGGCUACGAUGUGGUGCUGAAGGAUGCCACCGAUGCUGGUCUGGGACGCGGCAUCGGUCAGGUGCAAAAGGGUCUGGAAACGGCUGUGAAACGACGACGCAUUACAACAUUGGAGCGCGAUCUAACACUCUCCCAUCUGCGCCCCACACUCGACUACAACGACUUCAAGAAGGCCGACAUUGUGAUUGAGGCCGUCUUCGAGGACAUUAACAUUAAGCAUCGCGUUAUCAAGGAGCUCGAAGCUGUGGUGCCCGAGCAUUGUGUCAUCGCUACCAACACCAGCGCUAUACCGAUUACAAAAAUUGCCGCCGGCAGUGCACGCCCCGAAAAGGUCGUAGGCAUGCAUUACUUCUCGCCUGUGGAUAAAAUGCAGUUGCUGGAGAUUAUCACACAUCCAGGCACAUCCAAGGAUACGGUGGCUCAAGCGGUGGCCGUUGGACUUAAGCAGGGCAAGGUGGUCAUCACAGUGGGCGAUGGUCCCGGCUUCUAUACCACACGCAUUCUGGCCACCAUGUUGUCGGAAGCGAUAAGACUGCUGCAGGAGGGCGUGGAUCCCAAGGAAUUGGAUCAGUAUACUAAGAAGUUUGGUUUCCCUGUCGGCGCAGCUACGCUCGCCGAUGAGGUAGGCAUUGAUGUCGGCUCUCACAUAGCCGUCGAUUUGUCCAAGUCCUUUGGGGAGCGCUUCAGCGGUGGCAAUCUGUCCGUAAUGCAGGAUCUGGUAUUGGCCGGCUUUCUGGGUCGCAAAUCGGGCAAAGGCAUAUUCCUCUACGAUGGGCAAUCCAAGGGCAGUCGUCCGGUUAACAACGAUGCGCUCGAAAUUGUUAAACAGAAGUAUGCCUUGGUCUCCAAGGGAGCCAGCACUGCCGAGGAUCAAACAUUGCGCAUGGUCUCGCGUUUUGUCAACGAGGCUGUGCUCUGUUUGGAGGAGAAAAUACUUGACAGUCCGCUUGAGGGGGAUGUGGGCGCGGUUUUCGGUCUUGGUUUUCCACCAUUCACGGGCGGUCCCUUCCGUUGGGUGGAUCAGUAUGGUGCUGGUAAGUUGGUCGGCAAAAUGCAGUCCUAUGCUGAGCUCUAUGGUGCACCCUUCAAGCCAGCACAGACACUGCUGGACAUGGCCAAAGAUCCGGCCAAAAAAUUCUAUCCCAAGACUACCGCCUCUAAAUUGUAAACAGUCCAAACGAACUCAGGCAAUCAAUCAAUAGGCAACCAAUUAAUUCUUUUAUAUAGUUUAGUGAAGACGAAUGUGAAAAGGUUUAAGCAAUCGUCGCUCGCAUUUCUCUCUCCGGCAGCAUUAAGUGGCCAGAAUUGUCUGUUAACAAUGCUUAAAUAAAUUGUACUAUAGAAUUUUUAAACAUUUUA